CCAAAGGUCAAAUACUAUACUAGUGUCAUUUUUUUAGGUUAAAAAACAAUGGAUCAAACAUACAUCGAAAAACUGCAAAAUGUUCAUUUAAACGAGCAAAAUGAAGCAGAAGCGCGAUAUGGACGAAUUACAGCAAAGGCACAGCCGAUUCCAACCAACUACCACCAAAAGCAACGGUCAAUAGGGACGACACAAAAUUUUACUGUGGAUCCCAAUCAACAAUCGGACUAUAAAAUGUAUAACCGAAGCAACGUUAUCGCAACUUCCAAGUUUGCAACUCCCAAGCAAGUGGAAACUUUGGGAAAAACUGACGAAAACGAUAUGUAUGUACAGUGUGUUAAACCCGAUGCCACUGCCUCGUACCAGUAUCCUGUUUACGAAAAUUUAAAUUAUUACAACCCUAAAAUGGCAAACACAUUGCAGCAAGCGAAGAGAAACGUUCUCCCCGUUUACCAAAACAAAGCACAGCCGCAAGUUCCUACACACAGUAAACAUUUUAUUACGUCAGAUUCGGAUGCACUCCCGGUGUAUGAAAACAUCCAAACAGUACCGCAUAAAACGGGUAACGCGGUGCCCGGACCACAAGUAGCAACACACCGCCAAGUCCACCACGCCCCCAACUAUCAACCAAUAUAUUCAAUUAUGAACUCGCCAAAAACUCAACAUUCCUCGAAAUCGCUCACCCAACAACAAAUCGACGAGAUAAAUGCGUCCGAUUACGUCUGCAUGACGGGCAGCAUCUCCCAACAGUUCCAAACGUCUUCGGCGAAAAGCUACGAACGUGCACCGGCGACCGGUUUCGCGGCCACGCCUUCCAGUCCGAAAAAAGAAACUAAACCUCAAAAGGGCGAAAUUCAGGCGCCGCCGCCGCCGAGCCCGACCCCGAGCAAUGUCAGCACGAACAGUGCCGGCAAAUUGAAAUUUAGCGGCAAAAAUCUGUUACCUUACAGCAUAACGCCGCCGAGGCCGCGCGGUCCCACCGAGGCGGAACGAAAGAUAGAGGAGAUGACGAGGCAGAUCGAGGAGGAGAUGGAGAAACACGAGGAGGAGGGCGAAUAUUUCGGUAUCUGUCACACUUGCGGCGAAAAGGUUACUGGGGCCGGUCAGGCGUGUCAAGCGAUGGGCAAUUUGUACCACACAAAUUGCUUUAUAUGCUGCUCGUGUGGGCGCGCACUGCGCGGCAAGGCCUUUUAUAACGUUCACGGUAGAGUAUACUGUGAGGAAGACUAUUUGUUAUCUAAUUUGCAAGAAGAAGACUCUUUAACGGCAACGGUUUCUUUUCAGUACUCAGGAUUUCAACAAACUGCCGAAAAAUGUGCAAUUUGUGGCCAUCUUAUAAUGGAAAUGAUAUUACAAGCAAUGGGGAAGUCGUACCAUCCCGGUUGCUUCCGAUGUUGCAUGUGUAAUGAGUGUCUGGAUGGUGUUCCGUUCACAGUCGAUGUUGAUAACAAAAUAUAUUGCGUAAAUGAUUAUCACAGAAUGUUUGCGCCCAAAUGCGCUUUGUGUGGGAAAGGAAUAACUCCAGUUGAAGGUACAGAAGAGACCGUACGAGUUGUUUCAAUGGAUAAAGAUUUUCACGUCGAUUGUUACAUGUGUGAAGAAUGCGGCAUGCAACUAACCGACGAGCCGGACAAACGGUGUUACCCCUUAAACGGGCACUUGAUGUGUCGAAGCUGCCAUAUACAGCGCAUCGAACAUUCACCUCGCCAAAUGCAGCCUGUCGCUGCAAGCUUUCAGUAUUCAGGUUAAUGCCAUGUUUUGUAUUUUAUCAGUUAGGAGAGAAACAUUCCAAUCGCGCAGUUACAUGUUGAUAUAUUCCCAAUUCCUUGUGAGGAUUUGCCGUACACAAUUUUGUGUCAUUUGUAUGCUAAGUAAAUGUGUGCUUAACAAAUUGUUCGAGAUGCAUUUUGUGUAAUAAGAUAUAAAGGCUGUUAUAAUGUAGCUAGGGCCUAUUUUAAUGUGUCUGUUAUGUGCUUUUAUAAAUAAAACUUUAAAAAGUA